AUGGAAGACCAGCCGGAGCAGGAGCGCCUAAACAUUGUAUUUCCAGCUGAAGGACCUGUUGGAUCUGCAGACGUGGCAGCAGUAGCCGCGCCAGCAUCAACACUGCCAAAACCAGCAAGAGAAACAACAGAUUUAGCAAAGGCAGCAACAGCAGAUCCUCUUCCUCCAUAUUCCGUGCUGAUAGCGACCGACGCAAUUGGCCUUGGGGUGAACCUGUCGAUUCGUCGCAUCAUAUUCACAACCACUUUUAAGUACGAUGGAACGUCGCUAAGGCGACUGGAGGCCUCCGAGGUGCGUCAGCUAGCCUACAGGGCAGGGCGGUUUGGGGGCCCCUGGGGCACGCAGGGAGGCCUCGUGAGCGCUCUGCAGCAAGACCAGCUGGAUACACUUCGAAGUCUACUCGAAGGUCCGACUGUUUCCGUACCUCCUCUAAACUCGGCGGCUCUGCUGCCUGAGACUUGGGCAUUCGAAUUGUUUGCCCAUUUUGCAGCAGAUAACACCCCAGUGUGUACGGCUGCCCUCAUACAGAAGUUCGUGUCAAUGCUGCACACAAGAGUUCCAUACUUCAUACCAGCAGGGGCCCUUCACAGGGCAGUUGCAGUGGCGGCGUUGCUACGGGAUGUUCCGUUGCCGCCCCCGGAGUUAUAUAUCUUCUGUAUGGCGCCUGUCUCGGCCUCGCGCCCCACCACGUCACAUCGGAAGGAGCAGCAGCAGGGAAUAGGAUGCUCCAGUGAGGGGGAAUCAGAAGCUGAGGCAGCCUUUCCGUUGCAGGAGGGAAGUGGCGCGGUCACAGGCGAUGACACUGAAGGUGCAGCAACAGGAGGCGAGCCAUCAGAUGCAGUAGCGACCGCAAGUGCUGCUGCUGCUAGCAUCAGUCUCCCCAUACAGGCAGCCUUGCGUUCCUUUGCCGUUUCCCUGGCUGCAACUCGCGUGGUACCGUUGCCUUCUCCAUUUCGUAUCGUUCAGAAGGUAGACAACGACCAGCAGCAGCGACGGCUAGAGCAGCGCUUGGGGUCGUGGUCUGUAGAUGAAUGCCCCUGGGGGUCACAUGGUGCGGCAGGCGUUGGAUAUUUCCACCGAGACGCUAUUGGGGCCCCGUGUGAUGCGGAUGAGACAGAGGCGACCCCAGCUGAGACAAUAGAGGCCCUGCGAGCAUGGGAAACAAUCUACCAGGUUUUAGAUUUGUAUUUGUGGUUGGCGGAGAAGCUCCCCAAAGCGUUCGUCGAUGUACCACUGGCGUUGACUGGGAGAUCCGCUGCAGCUGAUGUCAUCAUGAAUGCACUACAGAGGAAGAGACCUCUCCAUGGUGUAGGGGCCCUUGAUGAGUUUGGGCCUUUCUACGGCUCCCCGAAGGAUUUGAAUGCCGUCGGUGGCUGUCGGGCCCAAAGGCGCCGUGAGACGCAGGAACAUAUUAGCAGCACGCUCCGCACAACUAUAGAAUCCGUUCUCUGA